AUGAUUUCGCCUUUCUCAAAAAACAUAAGGAUUAUAACAUUUUAUGUAUUCGUGUUUGUUGUAUUGUUAAAUGUCAUCAUCUUUCUCAAGACUCAAAACGACAAUACCUUGAUCAAUAUACAGUCCGCUGAUAAUUAUACUCACGACGAAUUAGAUGUACAAGUCAAUAAGAAGUACUGUGGCGUCGAGACAAAAAAUGGGUGUCGAUUUCUUUUCGCAUAUCACAUGCCAGAGCAGGAAACAUCCAGUAAUAGACACUUUCUUGCAUUCACCCAAAUAGCCCGACAACUAAAUCGCACAAUAGUCUUAACAAAUGUCGGUCAGUCUAGAAUUUGGUCGGCUCGUCAGCUUCCCUUUGAUUUUUAUUAUAAUGUUCAAGCCUUUCAGAAAAAAUUUCCGGAUGUGAAUUUCAUUACGCAAGAGGAAUUUAAGAAAUGGACCAAGGAACGACACAGCAAACCUAAUGCUAUCCAUGCAAACAUCGAAAACAAGAAGCCAAAGAAUACCUUCAAAUAUGUUAAAACCAAACCUAAAGUACUUAAAGAGAUGCGUAGAUUUGAUUUUACGUUUAAUAAUUCCUCCUCGUUUCUGCAGAUUAACAUUGGUAACAAAAAUUCAUGGAUAAAAGAAGAAGGUCACAGGAGUAUGAUAAACUUUCUCGAGAAUACACUAAGCUUAGAAGCUGAAGUGAUUCUAGUAGUUCAUGACAAAAAUUAUCUAAUAAAAACAGACGACUCUAUCCCUUAUGCAAAACAUUUGACUGAAGCCGCGGAAAGGAUUGUAAGAAAAUUAGAUCAAUAUAUUGCAAUUCAUUGGCGAAUGGAAAGGGCUGAAGUCGAGAUGAUGCCUGAGUGUGCGAAACGACUGGUGGAUUACCUCAACCGUUUAACUUCGAGAACUGGUAUCAAAAAUAUUUAUCUCGCUACCGAUUAUCCAUUAUCGCGGAAACCACAAUCCGACACAUUUCAUAAAUUAAGUAAUGAACAUCAUCAGGCGAUGAAAAUACUAAAUUCGUCGUUUCAAUUAGAUACUUGGAUAUCAACACACUCAUUAGAUUAUUUAAAGGAAUAUACUGCUUUAGAGAGACCGUUAAAAGACGAACUAAAAGGAGGUGGACUACAAGGAAUUGUGGAUAAACUAAUAUUAAUAAAUGCGACCUAUUUUGUUAGUGGACCAAAAGGUUGUUGUAGGAUUCUGAGUAAAUACACACGAAGAGUUGUGGAUGAGAGAAAAGAAUUGGUUAAGAAAGGCGUAACGAGGAUUAAAAAUGUUGUUGAUCGGUGGUGA